AUAACCUCAAACAAACAUAACCUAAAACCGAGGCAAUAAAGGCAUUAAAAUAAAGAAAAAGUUUACUUUUAAUUCUGCGGAAUAACGUAACUAUAGUAAAAAUGUCUUUGAAAGGUUGUAACCGAUUGCUGUUACAAACUUUAUUAAACUCAAGACCAGUUUUAAAUUCAGGAAGAACAUACGGAAGGUGGUCGCACAGAAAACCUGCUAAGGUUUUGUUGCCUUUUGAACCGCCUUCCAAAGUUGGUCUGAAGAAGGAAAAUGUUAUCGAUUUGGACGCUGAAGUGUUAAAUAAACCCCAAGACAGUCAGGCUGCCCCCAAAGGUCUCAAACAAACUAUUAUUGAAGAAGAAAAAGUUUCAGAUAUCACACCUGAGAAAGCCAAAGAUAUUAAAGCCAAAAGAGAAGAUAAACUUAAAAAAAGGAAGUUUUAUCUGAGUCAACUUAAAGUCUUUGACGAUAACAAUGAAAUUAUUUACGAAAAGUGCAAAGAUAAUGAUGGUAGAAUAAGCAACCUACUUACCAACUUGAAGUCAAAGAAAGACAGGAUUCGCACAAAGCAGGUUAUGGUGGAAGGUUGGCGACUAAUAGUUGAUGGUUUAGAAGCAAAGUGUAGUUUGAAGUAUGUCAUAUUCAGUAGAACAGAUGAGUUAAAUAAUUUGCGACCAUUUCUCCCAAGAACUGGGGUAAAAUUCUUUAAAGUACCAUAUAAAGAAAUUGAGCUAUGGUCAGAUGUAGAAACGCCCUCAGGCAUUUUUGGUGUAUUUGAAAUGCCUACUCAAGAAAAAAUAAAGAGGUUAUCAAAGCCGUUGCCACUGGACCUGAUUUGCGAUAACAUCCGCAUCCCAGGGAACCUUGGGGCCAUUCUCCGGGCCGCUGUUGGAGCUGGCUGUGACAAAGUCUUGUUAACAAAAGGUUGUGUUGAUGUCUGGGACCCAAAGGUUAUUCGGAGUGCUGCUGGUGCCCACUUCAGACUACCUGUGAACUAUUCCAUUGACUGGGAAGAAAUGCCUAGACACUUAGAAGAAAACACAUCAAUAUUCAUAGCAGACAGUAAUGCUCAAAUGGAUGACGAGACCGGUGACCAGUUUGAUAGUACACAAAUACCAGUUCUGCCAUACUACAGUGUCCAAUAUCCAUCUCUAAAUCAUAUAACUUUGAUAGUUGGUGGAGAGACGGAAGGAAUUAGUGAGGAGAGUUAUAGGCUAGCAGCAAGCAAGAAUGGUAUGAGACUUAACAUCCCAAUGGCUAAAGGUGUGGACAGCCUCAACACCGGCAUGGCCACGGCAAUCAUCGCAUUUGAAAUCCGAAAACAGCUGAUACAGGCGUGGACUAAAAUAAAACUGGAUAGGCAAAUCGCCCAGGCUACUUAGGUUUUAAGGUUCCAUUUAUAUUAUUUUUAUUAUUUAGUUAGAAGUACUGUAGAUAUUAUAGUAAACAAUGAA